AUGAAUUCUAACCUUCUCGCAAAGGCCGCCGCCGCGCCUGCGCGAGUGAUUGCGCAUGCCAAAUUCGGUGGUCAAGCGAAGCUCCGACGAUGCCUGAACAAAGGAGCAAAGCUUCAUACAACUUCUCUUCGCACGACCUCCCGUGAAACAUGUACUCGGAUGCAGAAAAACAUCUCUCCUUCGACGAAGAGACCCUUCCACAGCACCAAUCCUCUGCCCCAAAAAGACCCUUACCAAGCCCUUGGCGUAAGCAAGUCAGCAUCUGCCUCAGAAAUCAAAAAGGCCUACUACGGCUUGGCGAAGAAAUUCCAUCCGGACACGAACAAGGACCCAAAUGCGAAGGAGAAGUUUGCCGACAUCCAGUCAGCAUAUGAGAUUCUGUCUGACCCGAAGAAGAAGGAACAGUACGAUCAAUUCGGCGCUGCUGGCUUUGAUCCUAGCGGCGCACCAGGAGGAGAUCCAUUCGCAGGGGCUGGCAACCCAUUUUCUGGGUUUGGUGGACAAGGUGGCUUCGGCGCGCAGGGCGGCUUUGGCGGAGGUUUCAACUUUGAGGACAUCUUUUCAGCGUUCACUGGUCAACAGGGUCCUUUUGGCGGUCGACGAGGCGCACGCUCCAAUCCUUUCCAGCAAGAAAUCCUCGUGGGUGAUAACAUUGAGGUGCAGACCAGCAUAACAUUCAUGGAGGCCGCGAAGGGCACCAGUAAAACCAUCAGCACCACUCCGUUGACGGUUUGUGGGACGUGCACUGGUAGUGGACUGAAGCCCGGCACACAGCGCUCGCCGUGCAGGUCUUGUAAUGGAACCGGAACUCGAUUGCACUUUAUGCAGGGUGGGUUCCAGAUGGCCUCAACCUGCGGAACUUGCGAAGGCACUGGUACAACCAUUCCCAAGGGAUCCGAGUGUCGAACUUGCUCCGGCAAUGGUGUGGUAAGGGAACGGAAAAGCAUCACCAUCGAUAUUCCUGCGGGUAUUGAGGACGGCAUGCGGUUGCGCGUGGACGGCGCCGGCGACGCUCCGCCAACUGGAAAGACUGCCGACCCCAACGCCAGGAUUCAGCGUGGAGACUUGUACGUUUUCGUUCGUGUCGCCAAAGACCCCAAGUUCAGCCGGGAGGGCUCCAACAUUUUGUAUACUGCCACUAUUCCUCUCACCACCGCCUUGUUAGGUGGCCAGGUCAACAUCCCAACCCUCGAUGGCUCAGUCAAUGUCAAGGUAGCCACUGGCACCAACACCGGCGACAAGAUGACGCUCACCGGCAUGGGUAUGAAGAGACUGGGUGCCCGAAGAGGGGGAGCUGGUGACCUCCGAGUCGAGUUCCGGGUGAACAUGCCCAAGUAUCUCAGCGCAAACCAGCGGGCCCUAGUCGAGAUGCUUGCCGACGAGAUGGGUGACAAGACGGCUCGACGAGUCAUGAAUGUCUCGACAACCUCAAACACCGACGCAUCCAAACCAGAUUCACAUAAGAACGAAGGCUUUUUAAAGUCCAUGUGGCACACACUCACAAACCACCCGGCACACCAACAAGAAGGCGAAGAAAAGUCCAACACCGACAAGCCCGAUGCCAAGAAGGACUCCAAACCCGACAAGGAUAACAACAAACCGCGGGACGAGGCUAAAAAGUCGGAUUCUGGAACAGUCUAA